AUGUCCCAACCUCAUGUAGGACGGAGGGCGAGACUGAAUGAUAAAGAGCUUUCGUUUCGAGGUGGUAAAAGUUUGCGUUCUUACUAUACUAUCGAAAAGCUGCCAGACAAAGUACUUCAACAGAUAUUUUCCUACCUGUCACCUUACCAGAUCCUUCAAUCGGGCCAGGUUUGUAAACGAUGGAGAAGCAUUGCCUGUAGUCCUCUGCUCUGGAAAUUCGUGUCGUUCAGACCAAAUUAUGGUGGUAUUCAGGUAAUUACUCAAUGCAAACAUUUUCUUCAUCUAAUCGGCACACAAUUCUCCGAACUCCGAAUCGCAGAGCUCAGUACGGAUCUGAUUACACCAAAUGUUCUUUACGAAAUGGCUAACAAAUGUCCACGACUGCAGCAUCUCACACUUGAUUUCUCGACUGCCAUGCAACUACAUGACUUCACCGACCUACAGUCGUUUCCAUCUCGCCUACGAAGUUUGACGUUGUGUUUGUCGGAAAACAUAUUCCUCGAAGGAUUUCUAAGCGCCAUAGAAAUGAGGGCUCAAUGGAAAACGAUUGGGACAUACGAGAAAGUUGAAGAUGAGGAAGAAGAAGUGUACGAAACAGUGAACGUAUUCAAACUGAAACAGUAUCUUCCAAAUCUACGUGUAGUCAACUUAUGGGGUGUGCCUUUCAUAACGGACGAGCAUGUGGACGCGAUUUCAUCGAAUUGUGCUCAUUUAGAAUGCCUUUGUGUGAACUACUGUACAAAGGUGACCGGGACGUGUCUGAAGCUUGUGCUUCAAAGAUGUAGGAAGCUUAAGUGCCUAUUUUUAGCGCAUACCAAACUUGACAAUGCAGCAGUGAAAGCAAUUGAGUGGGAGAAGACCAGAAUCGAAGAACUGGACGUAAAGGGCACCGAGCUCUCGUCCGACACUCUGAUUUCGCUUCUGACACGUCUACCACAUCUUCGUUGGCUCGACGCCAGUUGGCUGGAGAACAUGACCGAUCAGGUGGGCGCAUUGCAUUGUCAUGGUUUGUAA